UUCUAGAAAUUACACAAAGGAGUUGUAAUUCACAUCAUUGAACAGCGAACAUCACGACCGCAAUUGUCCAUCAGAUGCUGAAUGUAGUCUAGAUCUUUUAGAUACUGAAUGUUUUAAACAGCACAUGUCUGCCGACCAUCAGCAGACGCAAUAGGGGCAGUACUGUGACUAGCGCAGCUGAGAAGAGUAAUACUGAAGUGUAGCGGUUGAACGUGCUCGAUGUGUCUCUGAUACUGCGGGUGGAAAGUUGGGUGUCAAGGACCUGCGAAUGUACACAAGGGAAUAUGUUUUUUUUAUAUGAUCCGUGGCUCGCAGCUUUUUCCUCUUCCUGGUAAGAUUAGCGGAAGCCAGCAGUACAGUAGUGUUUUUUUUUCUCUUCAUCUGCAGCAGCCGGUUGUGACUGUCAGUGAUCCGCUUCCCGGUGUUUCAUUAACGGACAAACAUCUGAACAUCUUCUCAGCGGCUUUGGACUAUUACAGACCAGGAAGAUCAGUGAGAUACUGAUUUCUGAAGAUGACGGGUAAAUCAGUCAAAGACAUUGACCGCUAUCAGGCUGUUCUCACAUCUCUUCUCGCCUCAGAGGAAAACAAGUUUUGCGCUGAUUGUCACGCCAAAGGUCCCAGAUGGGCAUCCUGGAAUCUUGGAAUCUUCAUUUGUAUCCGCUGUGCGGGAAUCCACCGGAAUCUUGGUGUGCACAUAUCACGAGUUAAAUCUGUAAACCUGGACCAGUGGACUCAUGAGCAGAUACAGUCUGUUCAGGAGAUGGGGAACGCCAAAGCUCGGCGACUAUACGAGGCCUUUUUACCAGAGUGCUUCCAGCGCCCAGAGACAGACCAAGCUGCUGAGAUUUUUAUCCGUGACAAAUACGAUAAGAAAAAAUAUAUGGAUAAAUGCAUUGACAUCCAGACCUUUAGGAAAGAAAAGAGUGAGACCGUAACAAAAGAGGCCCCUGUUGUUUUUGAAAAGAUGAAGUUGAAAAAAGACGAGCCACAGCAAUUCAGAAACAGUCCAAAGAAGCAGUCACAGUCUGUUAAUGACUUACUAGGGCUAGAUGCUCUAGCUACUCAAGCUCCCAUGUCCAAUGGCAAACAGAGCACUGAAAUUAGUCCCGCCCUUGACCUCUUCACCUCUAUGCCUGCUGCAGUCAGCAGCUCAAACUCCGCCAGGAGCACGCCUAGCUCAGGGUCCAUGCCCACUGGACGGGUAGCAGCAUCAGUCCCCGAAAACCUCAGUCUGUUCCUGGAUCCCCCCACCAAAAGUGAGGACAGUGGAAAGAAGAUGUCAAAGGAUUCAAUCUUGUCCCUGUACAGCAGUACAGCGCCACAAACAAACAUGGCCGCUCAUGCUGGCAUGUAUAUGGGAGCAACUCAGAUGGGCUAUGUCCCUGCUGCAGGCUAUGGCCAAUACCAGGCCCUGGCUGCGCAGCAGGGCAUGAUGGGGCCUAUGAUGGCGCCACAGAUGAACAUACUGGGACAGGCAGGUGUCAUGCCGCAGACCGGAAUGGCAGCUGCUCCUCCGUACAUGGCAGGGGUGCAGGGGGGCGUAAUAGGAAUGCAGAAUGGGAUGAUGGGAAGCAUGGCAGCAGUUCCUCAGCAGGCAUAUGGAGCACAGCAGGCCCAACAGAUGCAGUGGAACAUCAGCCAGAUGACUCAUCACAUGGCAGGAAUGAAUUUCUACAGUGCCAAUAACGUGAUGGGAUAUGGGCAGUCCAUGGGCGGAGCGGCUGCUCCAGGUUCAAAUCAAAUGCUUGGGUCACACGUGUGGAAAUGAUGAUGUCAUAAAGAGAGAGAGUGGGACAGUGUGUCUAAAUUGGGUGGGCUGGGACGCCACAACUGACUGACAGCAGAAGGCGAACAGAUUGUAGGAGCAAACACGUUGGGGAGUCAAUUGCAAUCGAAGCAAAGUCUCUACCUCCUUCAUUCUCAGAGCCAGAUUUUCAUGCUUGCCUUCAAACAAUCACAUACUCAGAGAGAGAAUAGAGGUUUUCUUCGCAUGGUAUGGUGCGUAUGCAGCGUAUACUCCUCUCAGCAGAAUGUUACACGAUUCAUAGCUUUGACGUUCCUAAAUGAUGUGUUUUUGCUACAUCCGUUUGAGGAUUUGGUUUUCUAUUCUCUCUUUUAUCGGUCACCGUGAUUUUACCAAGUAAGAUGUGUUCCUGGAUCAACAUAUUUUGUUAAUUCGUGUCUGAAAAUUUAGGGUGUGUUCACACUUGUAGUUCAGUUCUCUUGGUUCUUAAAAUAGAAAACAAUACAUUUAGUCUUGGUUCACUUUGUGUUCACACUAGCUGCGUCCGAAAUCGGAAACUUCUCUACUAAAUAGUAUGUGAAAAACACUAUGCCAACAGAGUAGUGUGUCCGAAUUACCUACUACUGCCGUCGAUUUGAUGGACACUUUACUAACCCAUGAGGCCACGGGACAGGAUUUUUGAAUGGAGGUGAAGCGAUGUAACUAAUGCCGGUAGGUCAUAUGAUAAUGACAACAUGGCGGAUGUAGUAUGUCUGGAUUACAUUCAUGCUACCCCCAUUCAUACUUCAUACUUUAACAGUGUUAAAGGAGCCCGAUUCCGCAGGAAAAACCGCAGACUUGGCAACACUGGAGAAAGUGCAACGCGCAAUAUGGCGGAACAAGUCCCACCUUCUAAAUAAGAGCCAACGGCCGAUUGGUAAAGUCAUCGCGUCACUGCAGCUACCAUUAGAAGCUCCGGUUCCUAUAGAAAUAAUCUUAGGACUGCGCAUGCGCAUUAGCUUGAUCCAGCCUGAAAAAAGCCAUUUUUUUGUCAUGAUUUGAGCGUUUAGAAACAAAAUGUAUUUUGUAUGUACAGUAAAAUGUAUGUACAGUUGUUGUCAGAUUUCACUGGUGAUUUCAAAUAUGAAAUUUAAUCAAAAGCUUGGCGAACAGCUUUGGAGAAUUUGAUGUUUCCCCAUUCACAGAGAUAGGAGCUGCACUUGCAUGCCUGAGAGGCGUUUCAAAGAUGGCCGCAGAGUGAAACAACUUGUCUUAAAGGGACUUUGCCUGUACUGAACAGUAAUGGCUAACAUCGCAACUAUGAUGAGAAAAUACAGGUAUGCUUGAGCAUUCUGUCCUUUUUAGGGUCGCAUCUUGUGACAUCAUGUCCUGUUUUUGGUUAGUUUACAUGUAUUUGGUCCGCGUUCAUAUCAUCGAGCCACGCCAGAGAUCGUUUGGAAUCAGAUCGAGACCCAUCUUUUCAGGGGUCUCAAUCCGCUUGUUUGGUGCGCACCAGGGUUCGGAUGGCAGCGUUCACACUUAUUCAAAUGAACCACACUAACAGAGCAAUCACACCAGGGUUCGUUUUAAUCGAACCAAACAUGCCAAGUGUGAACACACCCUUAGUCCUAACCUUAUGAGGGAAAUGAUAGGUGAAUAACACUGAUGUAGAAGCACCUAACCCUAGUUGUAAGCCUAAACUUGACAUAAACUGUAAACUUUUUCAUCAGAUCUGAUCGGUUGAUUGAAAUAUUGUUGUACAGGAACAUGUUGUACUUGGUGAAAUCACGCUCACCCUGUUUUAUCAGUGUUAAGUCAAUUCAACAGGAAUCCACGUGAUCUGGAAUUUUGCGUGAGGGCAGAGUUUUCGAGUUGGUUGAGUGAAUUCACCACAUUUACCAACAGAAACCUGCAAUGGACCUUUUUUGCCUGUGAAAAUUGGCAGAAAUUUCGUUAAUGUGACCUCUCCUUUAGUUUGAAUUAACAAAGGUUGUUUCAUUUUAGACACUUGUUCAUAUAGAUAUAUGUGUAACGCAGGCUAUAUGUCUCAUCAUAAGCAUGUUUGCAGUCAUAAAUGAGCAGCUGGAAGCCAUUUUUGUUAGUAAGAGUCUUAAACUUACUACUGAGGAAAAUGUCUGUUUUAUGUCUCAGCUGUCAGGUUCUGCAAACCUACGAAUGAUACUCUUGUAUUGUCGUCUUUCUAACGCACAGGGUACAACUAAGCCACUUUGACUUUACUUUCUGUCUCACUCGCUCUCAACUCAGGAGAAAUAAAGGCUUGGGAGGAUGAGGGUUCUCACAUCCAUCUCAUAGCAGGACAUUUACAUUCAGCCAAAGAUUUAUUAACGCUUAGUAGUCGGCACAGUUUUUUGGAAUGACACAUUCUAGAUGGAUCCAUGCUGCCGUGCAACGUUUCAGAGCAUUGCGGUUUGACCUCAAGAGUUUAAUGGCACCAUUGAUUGUAUUGUGCACUGCUUUUUCCCUCAUUACUGAGUGCAGGGUCACCGCUGGCAGAGAGAAUGAAAUUUUGGGACACUCAGGCUGCAGUUUGGACCGAGACCAAAUGAAUGUUUCACUCUGACUGCUGCCCGAAGAGCAGAAUUUGCCAUGGUCACUGUGUGAAGUUCAUUCAAAGCAGUCAGCUUGGGGUUUUAUUGACUUUGCUCGUUGUUUGUUUGAGCCUAACAUCUACUUUUAAGGUAACCAAAUGCGACAAGGUUCACUCUUGAUCUUAUUUUAAACUAGAGCAUGUGAAAAGGAGAAGCUAAGACCCCUUUAAAAUGACUACUUCCCUGGUGAACAACUGGUUUCCUGGUCUGGUUUACUGGUUUUGGACAGGUUUUAGGCACUCGUCAGCUGGUCAGGCUGGGAGACCAACUAGCCAACAGCAGCUUGGCCUGGCUGGAAUAACAACAAGACCAUCUUAAACAAGCUAGACCAGACCAGAAAAUCAUCUUAAACUGGUUUAAGAUGCUCUAUUUUAUUUUUUGUUCAGGAUUAAGCAGUUGUACACGCAUUAAAUACGUCAAUGCUUUUGUGUUUAUUUUCAGGUUUUAUCUUUCAUAGCCAUAGAGACUGAAAAUGCUCUGCCUGGGAAUACGAUAAUGCUCAGUAUAUGACAAUGAUUUCAUUGGGUUAGACUUCUCUACAUUUUACAAUAUUUGGUUGCUGUGUUUUUUCGUUGUAGCCCUGAAUGUGAAGAAUUGUUUGCUAAUAUUAUUACUUACGCUUUUUAUACCUUGGUGAGUAUUUGGUCUGAAAUGACAAUGUCAUUGUGGACUUGAACAUCACUGCUCUCUACUGGCCAAUCAGUGAUGUACAGUAGUGUUUUCAUCACAUAAUUUGUUGCUGAAUGUCUUUUUUUUAUUGUGCAAAAACAUUUAAUUUUAAUCUGCACUGCAUUUUUUGUAGAUUUUGUAUGUGUUUGCUUUAUUCUGAUUAAAUGGGACCAUUAUUUUCCUCGCAAUUAGGCACAUGUGAAUCUGUAAAUACCAUGUUUGUGAUUUGAGACUUAUAACCCUCUAUGUAAGGUCCAAUGUUUUAUCUUUAAUUUAAAACUAUUGUUAUAAUAGCACUUUACAGUAGAAGCUUGUAUGCAUGACUCGUUCAUUGAAAAAAAAGUUUGAUUAGACAGCAUUUAAUUCCAUACGUGACAGCCUCGCGUGCAUGCUAGACAUUCCAAAAUGGCAAUCAUUGGAUGUUCAAACUGACGUCAAAUCAGUGGGCUAAAAAAUGUUGCUGCCAAUUUGAUUCAUCUCACCAGGUGGAUCUGCUUUUAAACUUGCACUUGAAUGUAUCUGUCCGGUUUUUCUGUUGGUUUGGAUCAGUAGGCGGUUGCAUAAAAUGCUUAGUCUAGUUAGUCAUCUAUUUUUAUUUUUAUUUUAUUUUUUACUUUAUAAGACUGGUCAUAACUGUUACAUAAAAGCGUGGACUAUUCCUUGGCAAACUUGUUUCUGUGGAAGUUGGUUUCCGCCUUGGAUAUGUAGGCUAUUCUUGGAUUUUGCGAGUUUAUAUCUCAUAAUAGGCCUACUUACAUUUUAUCACAAUUACGAGUUUAUAUCUCGCAAUUCUGACUUUAUUUCUCGGAAUUUCAAGUGUGUAAGCCGCAAUUCUAUUUUUUUCCCCCCUCAGAAUUGUGAUUUUUAUUUCUUGGCGGGAAAAAGCUUCCAUACAAACUGCUGAUCAGACUAGUUAAGACAGUCUCAACAUGAUAGCGGCUAAGUUUAUGCAACUGGCCACAGGUCAUUUAAAGAAAAAUAUGGUAGUGCUUUAUGUAAAGCAAUACGUGUCAUGUUAAAAAAUAUGAUUUACAAUAAUACUUUGGCAAAUGGUUAGUCCGUAGAGAAGCAAUCAUUCUGUAAUAUGUAGAGGUCUAAUACAAAAUGCAACUGCAACGUAUAAAGUGCACAUUUCAUAGCACACAUAAAAUAAAUGCUUUUGUGCUAGCAGUAAAUAUCAAAAUCUCUAUUGCUGUUUUCUCAGUAUGCAUAAAUUCUUUUCCUUAUGGAAUAUGGAGGGCUUGUUUCCACUCACGCUUGCAGUCUCAAGGAAGACAAUAUGACUCCGACAGCUGUGUAAUGCUUUUCAUCGCCCCCUUUGGUGAAACGGUGCUACAACAUCAUCUGCCCACAUUACGUUGUGGAGGUCUUGAACAUUCUUCCUGUGAACUCUCAUACGUGAGAUGUCAUGUAAGUGUCUGUAAUGCUGAAUGGAUCACAUAACUCUGUGGCUCACAGUGAAUGUGUACUUGUGUGGGUUACUUGCGAAGUUUGUAUUCAAGUUGCUCGAUCUUGUUUGCUUCCUUUUCAGGACAUCUAAACAUGUAUUUCAAAGGCUUGGAUGUGAAAUAAGAUGAGAAAUAAACAAAUAAACUGCA